AUGGCACGUACAGCCGUCUAUAAAACACCACACAGCCAGCAGUCACGAUCUCAGUCGCUCUUUCUCCUCCAGCGGAAGAGAGCCUGCCAAGUUUUUUGGCAUUUUCUUGCGUUCUAUGUCCUCGUUCCGUUGUUCACUGCAGAACUGGCAUUGAAAUGGCCUCCCAGUGGGGCAUACCUGGAGGAAGCCGGCUCAUCGCCCAUAUUUGUCGACGAUCUCAGCAGCAGUUCUUCGUAUUACGGUGACGUUGAGGUGAAUUUCCAUCCGAACUAUCUACCUAUGAUUCCAAAGCAUGUACUGUACUUGCACGAAAUCUGA